AAAUGGAUUUUAAUUAACAUUUUACAUUUAAAAUAGUUUUUUUUACCUGUUGCAUUUUGAUUGAUUGGUGUUGUUGUUUUAUUAAAAUUUAUACUUACCUAUAUUAUGUCAACAGUGUUUCCCUCAUCAUGAUUUGGAAUGAUUUUGAAACAAAAGGGGCGGGGGGGGAUAUUGAAAAUUUGUGAGGUCAUCACCCCACUCAAAACUGUUUCUCCGGCCCUGAAUAAUGCAAAUGUAAUUAAGUCUGCUGACCCAGCGUAACGCGGUCAGUCCGUCGUUAUGUUUUGCAACACCACCUUUUAUCACUAAAGUUGAUGACUUAUCCCGUACUUCUCUAUAAACAUCUAAUAAUAAUAACAAUAUAAUAAUCCUUAGAAUUUCGAUGAUGCCGUUGCUUUUGGUAAAGUUGCAAUGAAACCUUAUAAAACUGAGCGACUAAUUAAAAAAAAAUAAAUCUGUCAUACUGACAUUUUUACAUCCCCUCGUUUAAUGAUACAGAUUUAGUAUCACGCGUUGCACGCUUUUGAGUAAAAUUAUAAUACCCUUUAAAAUACCUUUGAAAUAAUAAAUAAAUAAGGAGGGGAAGAACUUGUCAAUUAACUGCCGUUCAAACUUUAGCUUUUUAGCUUCUGCACUUUAAUAAUAUAUAAGGCCUUUUCAUACGUGUAUCUUUUUAUAAAAAUGUGUAACUGUUUUGGCAAACUUACUAGGUGCGUAGUCGCAUCUGCACUUUUUUGCGAGAUACUGCUUAUUCAAAUAUCUAAACCGGCCGGAUAACUCGAUGCGAACUACGAAUAAAGCCAGUGUUCCACUCAGUUGAGCAACCCUAUUCAUACCCAGUUCCGGGUAUACGCGAACAAAAGCCUUCGGUGAAAAGUAGCGGUGAAGUUAUCAUAUAUUCUCUGGACAGUGUUCCGAACUCGUUUCCAUGGCAACAUUUGGAACAUAAGCGAAAUAAUAUGCAUCAGCGCGUAGGUCUCCCAGAGCUUAUCAGUUCUUGGAUAGCUAUUUGUGUUUCGGCAGCCAAAUUUGUUUUCUACAAUCUGUGACAAACAAAUUAUAAACUAAUAAACAAAAUAAAAAUUAAACUGUUAACGAAUUCCAAUUUAUAAAAAAAUUGGAGCCUCUACCCAAUUUUUCGCUGCUAUGCUUUAAAAAUAACUUCGAAAGGCUGCCAUUUAAGAUGUUAGUGUCAUAUAAUUCAGCAAACACAUCAGGAAGGAAGACCUGUUUGGCGUGGUUCCUUAUCUUAGACAUCAUAAUUUUCCUUGCGCUGUCUGUGUCUCUUCCAAUUAUUAAUAGUGGCUUAGCCUGUAAGGCUAUUGAAACUUGUGAUCCAUUCCUGCCCAUCUGCGCGACGUCAACGAAUGAGCACCAAUUUUUCUAUAGCCACUGUGAAAUGUUGCGGGAUGCCUGCCUUACGGGAAAAGGUUGGAAAACGGAUUUCUUCGGCCACUGCAAUGUCAAUAAGGUUUAGGCUUGUUGGAUAAGAGCAACUAUUGACCAGUCUCAAUGUAAAACAAGCGAGUUCUAACAAUUGGCUCUCU